UUUCCAAUUGAGUUUUCUCUGUACUUUUGUGUGAGCUGAAACUUCGUAACUGAGUCUGACGAAUCGACACCAGCCUCGAGGAUGAUUUUCCUACAAUUCUGGUGGACUCUAAUGUUGCUGAGUGGCACAAAUAUGCUGCCGGCUGCCGACUCCGAGCAGCCCAGCAGCGAGCAGUUGAGCAGCUUCAAUCGGGCGGUUCAGGAGGCGCGUGGCAAGAUGCAGAAUCUGGGCGGAGCGGACAGCCUGUACCGGCCGCCGCGGCACACUAUCGACGAUAUGCUGGCCAGUUUUGUGCACACCAGCGACGAGGUUGCGGAGGAGCCUGGCUUGGCGGAGGCAGCGGAUGCCUGGUACCGCGACUUCCAGGCAGCGAGCCAGAAGAAGGCACGGGCAGUCGGCAAGCAGAAGAGCAAGGCCAAGACCUAUGUGAGCAAGUACGAGAAACAUCUGCAGGACACCGAGAUGGGCAAGGUGAAGCUAAAGUACAAGGACCCUGAAGCAGAUCUCGUCAUGCCACAGCUCGAGGCCACCAGUGCGCCCUUCCAGUUCGAUGGCGGGGGCCUCUCCUCGCUGGACAUCAAGCUGAAGCAUGCGCAGCAGAUACUCAACGAGCAUGAGCAGACCGGCAAGAAGGAUCCGCCCAAGCUGAAGGAGUACCACAAGAAGGCAGACGUCAGCGACGAUCAGCCGGAGUUCGGGGACGCCCCAGUGCCCGAGGGGAUCUACGAGCAAAAGAUAUCGCAGCUCGAUGCACCCAAGGUGCGGCCCAACAAUCUGCUGCACGAGGCCAACUACAAGCUGUCAAAGGUCGAGCAGGAGGCCUCCGAGAACACCCAGCGCCCGCCUCGGCCCAAGGGCAGCGACCUGAUGAAGCGCAGCUUCCAUCUCGGCUUCAAUCCCAUGAACGAGAUCAAGCUGAAGACGAGCAGCCGCCUCAUGCUCAAGGGCAUGGGACCCUCGCUGCCGAGCAAUGCGCUGAUGGAGAGCCAACAUGCCCGUCACGUGGACGAGGUGAUGAAGCGUCGACAGCGCAAAAUGCAGCGGGAGCAACAGCGGCAGGAUCUAGAUCAAGAUGUGGAUAUGGACAUGGAUCAGGAACAGAAUCGGGAGAUUGACUCGAGCGAUGAUGCAGAACUGGGGCCGCAGUACGAUGGCUUCAGUCCGUCGCUGACCAACGACAUGAUGCAGCUCCCAGAGGUUGCCUCCUCCGGUGACCAUCAAACGAUGGAUCUGCCUCAGAGCUACGACUAUCACCUGCCCCCGUACGAUCGCUUUCACGCUCUCAGCCAGCGGCAGAUGCCCGACAUGGUCAGGGUCAGGUCCAAUCGCAGAUCCACUGGGAAUCUGGCACGCUACAAGCGAGAGCACGCCCCAAAGCAGAGCCUGGAAAUGGCUGUGAAGGAGUCAGGCCCGAAGACCAACCUAGAAGUCGUCGAGCUACAGGAUGGGGUGACCUCUGGUGGCAAGCGGGAUGCUCAACAGCAGCCGGAAAAAGAUCCAAUCGAAACGAAGGCCAUGGAAACAACAGCUGAUUCGGGAAAGGUGCAAGGUGCAGCUGAGGCGAAGCUAUCUGAACCAGUGAAAGUGGAAACGGACAUUGAGGUGAAGCCCACGGAAGCUGCUAUGAUGAAAGAUUCCUCCGUUCUAGAGGCAAGCCCUUUGACAAAGCCAGAGGUGGCCGACACUGCACAAGACUCCGCUAUUAUGGCGAACAGUCAAGAGACCAAGCCCAGCACAGAGAUGGAUGCCAACAGCCUUGCCAUGCCACAAUUGGAGCUUGAACAGCCACAGGUGCAGGAGAAACCCCAGCCAGCAGCCAGUGUGGAAGAUUCCGGGCUGCAGGAGAACAUCAAGCUGAAUGUGGAGGAGUCCGUCACAUCCAUUCCAGCGGAGGUUGUACCCAAGACUGAGAGCGUGGAAGCAGCAGCAGCAGCAGGAACAGCUGCUCCCCGUUUGGUCGAUGCUGAUGCGGUGGUGAAGCUUCUGGCCAGAGAGAUGUCGCAUCAUAGAGCCAAGCGCAUGGCUGCUCCACUGUUGGAUGACUUUGAGGAUCACAAUGGGAAUCGCUUGCGUUUCGGUGACUUGGGAAACGGCCUGCUUAUGCCCGAUGCCAAGGAAGAGGAGGAACUUGAAGAAGAGCCUCACUACGAUGAGGACGAGGCCAGUCUCUAUGAUGGAUCCAGCAUUCAGGUGCCAAUGAUGAAUCAGCGUGCUAACGGAGGCUAUCAGGUAACGCAACAGCCUCUGCAAAUGCAACAGCAGCAGCCACAACAGCAGCCACCUCAACAGAAACCACAACAGCAGCAGCAACCACAGCAGCAAACGCCGCAGCAGCUGCAGAUCCAUCAGCAGCCCUCCUUCAAGGCAACCUUCAAUUUGACAAACUUUUUCAAUGAACUGCAGAAGCUUCAAAAGAAUCGUCCGUCUCAGCAGCAACAGUACCGUCCAGCUCUGCAGCAGCAACAACAACAGCAGCAGCAGCAGCAGCGCCAACAACAGUCGCAGUCACCGAGUCAGCGUACAUACCUUCCGCAACAGCAAUAUCUUCCACAAAAGCAAAACCAAUACCUUCCACAAAAGCAAUAUGCGCCGAAACAGCAAUAUCUACCACAAAAGCAACACACACCGCUACAUAACCAACUGAAACCACCGCAAAUGAAAGUACAGGCACCGCCGCUGAUGAAGCAAUCGGCCGUUCACCGUUACUUUGGUCCCUUCUUCAACAAGCAGGUAAAGAGCAACGUCUUGAGCACAGUCGAUCCGUGCAUUACGCCAGGGCCAGCGCCCACACAGCCCGCACAGCCUAUAACUGUAGAUCCCAAUUGCGUGCCCAUUACCACGCCGCUUCCCGACGCUUCCACGGAGUCGACCACAACGGGACUCGGUGAAAGCACAACGGAGAUUCCAUCCAUGGCGAACACUACAGAUGCAACUGGAAAUGGCACAACCACAGAGGGGGCGGCAGAGCAGGAGAGCACAACUUCUGGACCUGCUGUGCCAGCCGACGAUUUCUGCAGCAGUCCCGAUGCCAUGAAGCUGAAUGUGUCCAUCAAUGCGAACGUGUGCGGGGAUCCAAAGACAAAACAGUUCCAUGGCAACGGAUCGAUCAACAUGCAGCCAGCCUUCGAUCAGAUGGACAACGACGACCUGAUGCUGGAUUGGCCGCAUGCGGCAGACCAUGAGAACGACGAUUAUUUGAUGGAGAAUGAGGAUCGAUAUGCUCGCGAAGCAGCUACUGAGGAUUAUGAUAUGGAGAACACCAGUCACAGAAGGUACAACAGAUGGGGCAAGGUGCGCGCCAAGGGAAAAUCGCCAAAAUGUUCAAAUACCGAGCCCUGCGAUGACAGCUUGGAGAAGCUCAUAAGUGGCAAGACAUCGGAGGCCAUUGUGUCGGCCGUCCUCGAGGCAGUCAGCAAUGAUCCGGGCAUGGAUCGCCUGCUGGCCGUGCUGGAGCGCAAUCGCAAGGGCUGCCAGAAGAAGCCCAAGAACUUCUAUCAGAUCCGCAACGACAAGAACGAUCAGUAUCUGCAGCACACAGAGAGCAUGGUGCGGGACACCAUGGAGGCCAUUAGCGACAUCAUCGACAAGCAGGUGCGGCUGCGCGCCUGCAUCCCUCUGCGCCCGGACCUCAGCGAAUUCUACGACCUCAUCCUGAAGACCAUGGACGAGCAGAAGAAGAGCCGCGAGAAGCGCGAGAAUUCGGUGAGCGGCCUGGCCGAUGACUUCAGCGAGGAUGUGCGUCUGCUCGAUGUCGGCAAGAUUGAUUCCCGUUCCCGCAUGGUCAAGAAGCUGCUGCGCCAGUACGAGCAGCUGCCCCUGGAGGAGCAGCGUGCGGCGGCCAAUCUCCGCGACGAACUGCUCAUGGAUCUCAUGUACCUACGCAAGAUGGCAGACUCCGUGGAGCGCACGCAGCGUGAAGCCAAGCUGCAGCAGGUGCUGCGUCACACCAACAUGGACAACGUCCUGCAGUCGCACAGGUCCAGCGAGCUAUCGCCCCGCUUCAUCAAGCUGGUGAAGACCGCAGAGCUGUUCAAGGAGGCCGGCGAGCAGCAGGCCAGGGCCUUCGUCGGGCUCUAAGCGAGUUUCUUUGAUGUUUAUUUAUAUUUUUU